UGUCCAGCCAGUACGCAGGACUUUGUUGUGAGAGAGUAGAGGGAACUGACUAGCCUUCACCUUUAACUAGCAUGCAGUGAGAGACUUAACUUCCCCUUUGUCAAUUUGAUUCACGCUUCAGACAACAGAAGCUGCCGCUCCCCCCAGGCAGACCAGUCCUCCUCCAGUCUCUCACUGUCACCAGUCUGCUGCAGCUCCUCUCAGAUCAGCUGUGAAACAGUCACCCCACCUUCUGGCACCCAGCCUCUGCCCUCUGGUACAAAAUAACGUUGAGGCCCCUGGAACCCUGAGAGAGCGAGAGAGAGUGAGAUGACAGAGAGCGAAGAGAGGGAGCGAACGGAUUACCCCCCUUCACCACGUCACAUCCGUCCUACCAGAGAAGGGGGCCGGGCUUGAGAAUAGCGGAGCGAGAGAACAAGAUCCAGCGAGAGAACAGACGUGUGCACGCUGAGCGAGAGAGAGGCAGCCCCAGUGAGAGAAGUGUCUGUAAUCCCCCCACACCUUCAGUGAUAAUGUGUCAGAGCAGGAACCUGCAGCGGGCAGCAGCGCGGAGCUCAGGGAAAUGGUUGCAGUUCCCUCAGUUGGCCUUGCGGCGUCGUCUUGGCCAGUUGAGCUGCAUGUCCCGGCCCGCCUUGCGGCUGCGCUCAUGGCCGCUCAGCUUCCUCUACUACUUCCUGACCUUCGGUGCACUCAAGCCCCUGGCCAAGGUUGGCUGGAGACCAACAAGCAGGGUUGCUCUGUACAAGACCAUCCCGACACGGCUGCUGUCUCGGGCCUGGGGUCGGCUGAACCAGGUGGAGCUGCCGACCUGGCUGAGGAAGCCAGUCUACAGUCUGUAUAUCUGGACGUUUGGUGUCAACAUGCAGGAGGCUGCUGUGGAAGACCUAAUUCAGUACAGGAACCUGGGAGAGUUCUUUAGACGGAAACUCAAACCGGCUAUCCGGCCCGUGUGUGACUCACACUGCGUGAUCAGCCCAGCAGAUGGGAAGAUCCUGCACUUUGGGCGGGUGCGGAACUGUGAGGUGGAGCAAGUCAAAGGAGUCACCUACUCUCUGGAGACCUUCCUGGGACCACACACCUGGGCUGAGGCCAUCAACAGUACCAUCAAGCCAUCAAAUGAAGAGGACCCCAGCUCGUUUCAGGACCUGCUGGUGACUAAAGAGGGGAAUGAGCUGUUCCACUGUGUGGUGUACCUGGCUCCAGGAGACUACCACUGCUUCCACUCCCCCACAGACUGGAGGGUGGCCCACAGAAGACACUUCCCUGGCUCUCUGAUGUCAGUGAACCCUGGUGUGGCCCGCUGGAUCAAAGAACUGUUCUGCCAUAACGAGAGGGUGGUGUUGAGCGGAGAGUGGACGCACGGCUUCUUCUCCCUCACCGCUGUAGGGGCCACCAACGUGGGCUCCAUACGCAUCUACUUUGACAAGGAGCUGCGCACUAACAGCCCACGCUACAGCAAAGGCUCGUACAACGACUUCAGCUACUUGUCCAACAACAACCAGGAGGGCGUGAGCAUGAGGAAAGGGGAGCACCUGGGAGAGUUCAACCUGGGCUCCACUAUAGUCCUUCUCUUCGAGGCUCCGCACGACUUCAGCUUCAACCUGAAGGCCGGCCAGAAGAUCCGCUACGGAGAACCCCUGGGGACUGUGAGCCGAGAUGGCCAACCAGAGAGACACUUUCUGGGGGGAAACGGACUAAAAUAAACUGAUGGACACACUAACGUGUGUACAGAUUUUAGCGGAGGUGCACAGGCUGACUUAGACACACACUCAUUCACACACUGUACUGUACAUCGAAAUUGAGACGUACGGCUGGCAUACGACACACUGAUGGACUUACAGAAAAAACUCAGUCACCACUGUUGCAUUACUACUAAGGGGGUCUCCCCGUUUCAUUGACUAGAGUUUCUAUUAACAAUUUACUUAUUCUGUCAGUUGGACAGUUGAUUACAACUAGUGUACAUACCUGACCAGCAAAAGCAAGAUCGUUUAUAGCAAUUAGUUACAUUUACGUUCCAUAAGAAUAACAACAUAGCUUUAAAAAAAUAUAUAUAAAAAAAAUUGCAAAAUUGUACCCAUAUUGCCUUUUGUCAGGGGUAUCCUCUUCAACUAGGAGUUCCUCCUGAGAUUUCAGACACAAGCAGCAAGACACCAGCCUGAUUUACAGAUCUGGCUAGUGCUGUGUAGCCCAACUCAUAUGGCCUUUGGCAAUACAUCACAAACAGAUCUGGGACCAGGCUAGCAAGAGGCAUCUCCACACAUACAGAUAACCCCUGUCACAGACAGCCUCUAUCAUGUGGACAGGCUUCCCUAUACAAUGUACAGUAUACACACACCUACAGUACACAUACCACGAAGAAGGAAUGUACCAGAGGCCACACGUCUACUCUCUUCCUUCUCUAAUUUCCCUCCUUCAUUCUGAUACUGAAUGCCUUCCUGUUCUCCUUUGGUCUCCCUCUUCUGCCAUCCCCAGAGAAGGUGCUUGUGUUGGGGGUGAUUAUGUGGACUCUUCCCUCCCUAUCAUGGAGGUACAGACUGGCACCACUCCUCCCAGUCAGACGAGUCUGGGUCGUAUUCAUUAGGCACCUGCCAGAAGAAAACAGGCUGAAUACCUGGACUUUCUGUUGUAAAAUGUUUUGCCUCAGUCUGCCCUAAUAAAUACAACCCUGUUGUAGUAAGCCCA